AUGGCCCAUGUCCACUCUCAAGUCAACCAGAUGUCAAGGCUUUAUUUGUUGUAUGAGAGGAGAUACAAUUACACUACACCAAAGUCAUUUCUGGAACAGAUUUCGUUAUAUUCUAAACUACUCAUCAAGAAAAGCAAAGAAUUAGCAGGAAAAAUAGAUCGGCUGAAAAAUGGACUUGAAAAACUGAGAAGCACUGCUCAGCAGGUUGAUGACUUAAAAGCUAAAUUAGCCAUUCAAGAAGUUGAAUUAAAGAUAAAAAAUGAAGCAGCUGAUAAUUUAAUUAAAAUUGUUGGAGUUGAAACGGAAAAAGUAUCAACAGAGAAAGCAAUGGGUAGAUACAACUUAUUAUUAGUGUUUUUAUUUUUAUUUAGAACAUUUGUUUAUGUAAUCUAG